UAUUACUUACUUUCAGGAUAGGCAAAAGUACUUUUCACAAAAAUUUUAAAAUAUUACAAGUUGUGAAACUAAUCACUAUUGCUCAAUAACGCCACAACUACUGGGGAAUUCCUCCGAUAAUCACAACCGCCGUCGCGUCAUCUGUUGUCGUUUCAGUAAAAUGUAUGUCGCCUAGUAUGUCGGUAAUGUCGAUUUUGGUAAUUUAAAAAAUUUAAAAACUUACGUGGGGUAAACUUAAGUGUCGCUCGCGCUCGACAUUUCAUACCCUGCAUUUCAUACCUGGUCUAAGCCUGGCACCUAUCGUCGCUUCUGUGGGGAUUCCCUUAGUGACUAUGUGUCGUUGAUAUUUAAUGUAUAAUAAAAGUAAACAUUUAUAGUGAAAAUGCAGUCAAGGAGGGGAAAAAGAUAUUCUACGAAUAAUUCAGUAGAUAGAUAUCUCAGACAAGAAAGCCCUUUGUUAGCCUAUUUUAAUUACCUUUGGGAAGUACCCGAUAAGGAGCUCUGUACAGUUUUGCAGAAGAAUAUAGAAAAGUCUCUUCAACUUUUACGAAACGUAUUAAGCCCAGAUGAAAUAAUAAAUACAGUAUAUUUGCUACUACGUAUUUCAAAAUUACAUGUAGAUUUUAAAACCAAAGUUACCACAAUUUCGGUUAUUCUUGCGGAAGUUUCACGACAACUGAGUGUUUUUAUCGGAUAUAUGCCAUUUAUAAGAAAUUCAGAAUAUCAGGAAAGUCUUGAAAAAUUUUGGUUCGCAAUUUAUGAAUUAAUUCAAGAACUUAUUAAGUUUAAUAAUCCUCUCCAUAAAGAAUAUGUUGUAAAAAUUUAUCUAAAUUGCAAAAAGUUUAUUUCUAAGAAAAAUGCAAACACUUUCAAUCUUCCAAAAAUACCAGAAUCCAUUGUAAGUGAUCUUAAAACAUAUUUAGAGAUAGAUGAAAUAGAAUCCAUCAAUUUUUAUCUAUUGCAUAGUGAAAUAGAAAAGUGCAAUAUAGAUGAGGCCACCGCAUUCAAAAGUUUAAAAGAAUUUAAAAGUUAUGAAGAAUAUUUUAAAUGGCAAUAUAUAGAGAUAAGAGCGGAAUUUAUUUCUACUUUAUCAAAAGCAAUUAAACAUUUACGUGAAAACAUCAAUUCUGAUAAUGUUAAUAAUGAAUUUCAAAUAAUGUUGAACUGUACUGGUGUAUUAAACAGAUAUGGAUUAUUCAGUGUCACUACUGGAGAAUGUAAGCAGAAGUACUUUGAACAUGAAGAGUUUAUACCAGGAUCCCUUGUGUGUUUUUCGUAUAACACUUAUCAAACAUACACAUUUGGAAUUGUGCAGAAAGUAUUUUCUGAACAAAACACUUUACUUAUAAAUUUGAUCAAUAUUGAUCCCCAUUUACUAAAUAAAACAUUUUCAAUGGCAGUUUAUAAAGGAAAUUUCUAUAGGGCUGUAGAUAGUAUUUUACAAUCAAUAAAAAAAAAUUUGUUCAAGGAGUUACCAUUUAAAGAAUACAUACUUUUUGGUAAAAAUAGUUUCAUUGAACAACCAAAAUAUUUACAAAAAGCAUCAGAAUACACCAUUGAUAGUUUCAAAUUUAAGCCAUGUGACUUUAAUACAUGGCCACCAAAAGAAUAUUUUCAAUUAAAUGCAGAACAGUACCUUGCUUUACAACACUUGGUAACUAACGAACUUGCACUACUCACAGGAUAUCCAGGUUCAGGGAAAACCCAUGUGAUUUUAAAAUUUAUUAAUUUGCUCUUACAAAAUAAACAAAUAUGGCACCAACACAAUUCAGGGCCCAUAUUACUUCUUGCAUUUACUAAUCAAUCAUUGGACAAUUUUAUGGAGAAAAUACUUCCACUUACUGAUUCUUUAGUUCGAAUUGGCACACAAACAAAGAGUGAAAAAUUGAAGAAUUCAGCUAAACUAAAUGUGUCAAGGGUCUCAUUAGAUAUAAGAAAAAAAAUUAAUAAUAUUGCAGAUGAAAUUAAUAAGGUUGCUAAAGAAGCACAGGCCAUCUUUAAGAAUGGUGGUCUUAUCAGCAUCGUUUAUCUUGGAAUUACAACAAUAAGCAACCAAGACAUUUAUGAUAAGUUAAUGGGAAAUAAUGAAACAGAAAGGAUUGUCCUGAUGAAUGAAAUUUUGGGUCUAGAAGAGUAUCCACUAACUGAUGUUAAUUCAGUCUGUUCCCCUAUUUAUUAUGUAACUGUUUCAGAUUUACAAGCACGGCAUGAUAGAAACAGCAUUUAUUUACAGUGGAGAUUGGCUCAUAAAGAAGCCCACAAAAAAUUUUAUCCCCGAAACGACGUCGAUUUCGAUAAUAUCCAAAACUUAUCGGGAAAUAAGCUGUGGGGAUUAUAUUUCUAUCUUGUUGAUCGAUAUGUAAACCAACUUAAAGAAAAACUGAACAUAAUGGAAGAGCAGAAACGAAUUUUAAGAGAUAGUUUAACUGAAGAAGAAAAUAUAGAAAAUUCUAAAGAAUUAAAACAGAAAAUGAUUGUUGGCUUGACGUUUUCUGGAGCAGCUUUCAGAAAAUCUACAAUUGAUGCUCUGGACUCAUCAAUAGUUAUCGUUGAAGAAACUUCACACAUAGAACAUUAUCAUGUUCUGGGUACAAUCCCAAAAUCUUGCAAGCAUUUAAUUUUAAUAGGAGAUAACAGAGUCUCAGAAAUAAACAACUAUAGCUUAGUGGAUAUUUUAUCAGAGUAUAAAUACCCUUUUAAAUCAUUAAAGAAACAAUUCAGAAUGAAAUCUGAAAUCGCUUUUUUAUUAAAAACGUUAUUUUACCCUGAAAUGGUAAAUGAUGAGUCUGUUGAAAAAAUUUCAAGUGUUCCUGGCAUUCCAAAGCCUAUUUUCUUUAUUAAUCAUUGCCUAGAGAAUGAUGGCGAGGAAACUAUCAACUGGAACAGGGUAGUAAAUUUAUAUGAAAUUGAAUAUUUGGUACAGUUAGCAAAAUUCUUAUUGUCUAAAAAUGUCUCAGCGGAAUCAAUAACAAUUUUAACAAUUACCAAAUAUCAAGCUCUUGAAUUCGAUAAAUUUAAAGAAAAUGACGAAACUUUACAAAAAAUCAAGAGUUGGUCCAUUGAUAAAUUCCAAUCCUUAGAAAAUGAUAUAAUUUUGUUGUCGUUGUUUGGAAUUAAUGAAUAUUAUAGAUCAUUUUUGACGAAAGAAACUAGACUUCGUGUGGCCUUAAGUAGGAGCAAACAAGGAUUUUAUUUGAUUGGAAAUAUGGAGAAGUUGUGUAAACAAUGUGAAAUCUGGGUCCCAAUUAAAGAAUUGCUGGAAGAAAAGGGGUAUAUAGGAAAUGCUCUGCCUAUAAGUUGUUCCUCACAUGUUGGAAAAGAAUGUGGAUUUAUUGAAAAACCGGAAGACUUUUCAAAUUUGAAAAGUCAUUUUCUUACGUGCAGUCUUGAAAAUUUAACCAUUAAUAAUUAAGUUUUUAUGAUUUUUGUAUAAUCUGUUAAUUGUACACUCUAUUAUAAAUUUUAAGUGUUGCAAAUAAAAAUGU